UGACAGGUGGCGCGCAGAAGUGACAGAUGCGCCGAGCUGCUGCGAACAUUUUUGUGCGCGUUUCCCGUAUCUGACAUAACCGUCCCGUGUGAUGUUCUGAAUCCUUCCAGCUUCUUCAUCCUGGUCCAGCACGACUUCCGCAGCAUUCGGACUAGCCAUGGCAACCAGUGCGCUUGAAGAAAAAAUCAACAAGAUAAGACAACAAAACGAGGAGAUUAGAAGGAGACAUGAGGAAGUGGAAGAGGAUAAAAAGAACGCAGCCAAACUGAAUGCACUGGUGCAAAUGGUACCAUCUACGGACUGGCCCGAGAGGAAGGAGCCGCCAGAAUUUUCUAAUCCACCUAGAACAAAUGUUAAGUCAAAAGCUACUAAAGAGCAUCACGAGCAUCCUCAGCAGCAUCACUCUGCGAGUGGCGAAGGGAGGAAAGGUCAUACUUUUGCUCAGGGACAAGGGCCUCCACCUGAUCCUAAAUACAAUUUCCUUGCCGAUGCCGAAAGAGAAGAAGGCAAUGUAGAAAGUUUAAAGGACAAUCCUCCAAACAAAGGGCAGAAACAUUCAAGAGGCAUAUUUAGAAGGAAACCUGGAGGAAAGGAUAGUCUGCAAAAACAGGAUUAUAGAAUGAACAGAGGUCAUCGCAAAGAUGAGCAUCAGCCAGAUUAUGAAGCUUGGAGAGCAGAAAGAAAUCGCAUCGAUGAAGAUCGCAUUAGCAGACAAAGGACAGCUGAGGGUAAUUGGCGUAGAGAAUGGGAUAACGAUAAGGCACACAUUGUGAAUGAGAUGAGAUCAGAGGCCAAAUUAGGAGAAUAUGUAAAGAAGGAUCAUAAAGACUUUGAUAGAAGACAUCAUACGAACGGAAAUGAUUAUGCAAGCCAUAAUCGUAGUGGUUAUCGUUCCUAUCGAGGAAAUUCGAAACAUUUUCAUAACAAUUAUGAAAAUCGUUCCAAUAACGCGUAUCAUCAGGAAGGACACGUUAAAAAUCCUUUAUCGUCUAGUUCCGAGGAAAGAACUGUUGUUGCUACCGACAAAAGCUUAAAAGUCACGUUGAAUCAAGGGAAGGGUCCAGUUAUGAGCGUCAAAGUAAACUCGCCAAGUAUUGCUGGAACAGGUCGAGUAGGACCGCGACAGAGAAGUCGCGUAACAUAUAGCAGUCACUCAGAUGUUGAAAUGGUUUCCCCUGAUACUGAACCCUUUUCACGUCCAAAGUCCUACGAAGAUAAGGCCAAAGGUAAUUAUCACGAUAAUCAGCAAAAGUUCUCUAAUUCGCGAAAGUCGCAGCCUCCGAAAAGGAAAGACUUCAGCAAUAAAUCUCCAUACUUUCGUAAGAAAGAGAUCAAGAAGGAAGAUGUUAACGAGAACCCACAAGAGCAAAAUGAAGUAGAGUCGCCACAAAAAGAACAUAAAGAAUCACAGAAAUCUGAUGAAGAAGUUAAGUUUCAAAAGUCUGAGGAGAAUAUCGUAAAGCCAUUACAAAGUGAUGAAAUUAUAGAUGAGAAAGAAAACGAUGUAAUUUCUUCCAAUGAACUUGAUACAAAUACAGAAGUAAAAGUUAAUCAGAAUGACAAUUUAAACUCAUAUGUAGAUGUGAAAAGCGAGGUUUAUGCCAACAAAGAAGGUGAAUUUACCUUACAAGAUUCAGACCUGCCUGCAUCCAAAGACGAAAAUGAAAUAUGUGAAAUAAGUGAAGAGGUGAAAGACAAAUUGGACGAGUCUCAAAUUGUUCAAUCAGUUACAAUUACAUCAGCAUCAUUAGUAAAAGAUGUAAGUGAUAAUGAUGAGACUAAAUCUAUGGAAAAUCUGCCAAGCAAUGCUAACGAUGAAAUUGAAACUGUAAAGAGAAAUGAAGAGCAUAAUUCAUCGGCAGAGCAAAUUGAAGAGAUCUUGAGUGAUAAUUGUGAUAGUAAGCAAACUGAAGAUUCAAAUGGGCAACAAGAAAACGAUUUUAAACUCAAUAUAGAAAGUUCCACAGAAGAGAAAAAGGAUACAGACAAUCUUGCAAUUUCAUCUUCAACCGAUGUAUCUUCUAUAGCGGAGCAAACUAAUCAAAUAGAUAGUGAAGAUACAAACUUAAAAGAAAAAGAAAUUACAACUGUAGAAGAUAAAGUUACUGUUAUAGAUGACAAGAUUAAUUCUAGCAAUAAAGAGGAUGUAAUAAAACAUAAUAAUGAAACUGAAGAAUGCAAAGAUGAGAAUAAUAAGAGUGAGAGCGAUUCUGCAAAUAUUGUAGUUGAUAAAGUAGAAUCUCGAGAGGAAGAUUUACGAGUGGAAGAAGUACAGGCAGCUUUAAGCAACGUGGUUGAAACUAAAGAAUAAUAUACGAAAAAAAAGAUGCAAAAAUAGUAUGUAUAAAAUGUUACAUUACAGAUAUAAGUUACCGGUGAAUGUGUGAUAGGAGACGAAGCUUUUAUAAAUAUUUGUUGAAUAUGCGUUAAACGCGCGUAUAUAUAUUUCUCAAAAGUCAAAAUGGCAAUACACACAAGUUGAGAAUAUGGAAUUGUUCAAACAAAUUCUUAUUUUUGAAAUGAGCAUUCGGAAGUGGAUGGCAAUUUUUUUUCCAGAUUUUAUACUCUGUUAUGUCAUCUGUUUAAUUUUAUUUUUUAUUUUUCUUUCGAAGUUGCUAUUAGAGUUUUAUUAAUAUGACAUUAUAUAUACAUAUAUAUAAUAUAUAUAUACAAAGUGUCCCAAAAGUCC